AUGUUGGCCUUAACAUCUGGUAGACUUGUUACAGCGCACAAGCUACGCAGCUACUUCCGACCCAUACUCACCAGUCAAAGGUCGCGCCAAAUCUCAACGUACAACGUUGAUAUAGCAGGGCUCACGGAAGAGCAAGCUGAGUUCCGCAAUGCAGUGGCCGAGUUUGCCCAACGGGAGCUCGCCCCGCGUGCUGCACAAAUCGACAAGAGCAACAACUUCCCUUCAGACAUUUGGGAGAAGCUUGGUGACAUGGGUUUGCUUGGUAUCACCGUCUCGUCAAAGUACGGUGGUUUGGAUCUUGGAUACUUUCACCACACUUUGGCAAUGGAAGAGCUUUCCCGUGCUUCUGGCUCUGUUGCGCUGUCAUACGGCGCGCAUUCGAACCUUUGUGUGAACCAAAUCCAUCGCCAUGGCACUGAAGCUCAAAAGCAGAAAUACCUUCCUGACUUGAUCGCUGGGAAGAAAAUAGGCAGUUUGGCUAUGAGUGAACCUGGGAGCGGGAGUGACGUAGUCAGCAUGAGUUUGAGGGCAGAUAAAAUAGACGGUGGUUGGAAGCUGAAUGGAAACAAGUUCUGGAUCACCAAUGGACCAACGGCAUCAACACUAGUCGUUUACGCCAAAACUGCUCCUGAAAGAGGUUCCAAGGGCAUUACCGCGUUCAUUAUCGAGAAAACAUUCGAAGGAUUUUCCACGCACCAGAAGCUUGAUAAAUUCGGAAUGAGAGGGAGUGAUACUUGCGAACUUGUCUUCGAUAACUGCAAAGUCCCAGAAGAGAAUGUUCUUGGUCAGGUCAACAAAGGCGCGGGGGUCUUAAUGUCUGGGCUUGACCUUGAACGUCUUGUCCUGAGUGGCGGUCCCUUGGGUUUGGCACAAGCUGCAUUCGAUUAUGCAGUGGAAUAUGUCCAUGAUCGCAAGCAGUUUGGACAACCUGUGGGAACAUUUCAAUUAAUGCAGGGCAAGAUUGCGGAUAUGUAUACAAGUAUUAAUGCAAGCCGCGCGUAUGUCUAUGCUGUUGCAAGAGCUUGUGACCGUGGUCAGAUCAGUCGUCGAGACUGUGCUGGUGCCAUCCUCUACUCUACCGAGAAAGCCAUAGAGGUUGCACUGGAAGGCAUGCAAUGCCUUGGCGGUAACGGAUACAUAAAUGAUUAUCCUAUGGGUCGGAUUUUACGCGAUUCUAGGUUGUAUGCAGUGGGCGCAGGGACGCAAGAGAUAAGGAGGAUGCUGAUAGGUCGGGAGUUCAAUGAGCAGUUCAAAUCGUCAUGA